AUGAGAUAGUUUUCAAAAUUUAUUGAAAAUCUUGAAAAAGAGCAGUAUAAAAAAAAAUAUGCUGUGAGUGAAGUAAGGCUUGUUGGUUUACCAGAUGACCAUUAUCCAAAUACUAUUAAGACAGUUAUUUAUGUCUUAGGAAUAAUAGCAUUAGCACUUGGUUUAUAAAUUGUUGCUUUUGUUUUGCUAUAAAAACUUUAUAAUGAACAAAUAGAUAGUUAUUAUAAAAUUUGGUUGUUUGUUCUUUUUAUAGGAAUAGGGAUAUUUAUAAUUAUGCAUUAUUUCGCUGUGAAAACUGAACUCAAAGAUGAAUAAAUUACUUAUAGAGAUCAUAUUUUGUAGUAAAGAUAGAUUUUUAUAAAAAAUGCGAUAUUUUAUUAAAAACAAGAGAAGCUAUUUAGUAAAAAACCAGAUUCUGCUCAAGAAAUAAAAUAAAAAAAGAAUACAUUCGAUGAUUUUUUGAGAGCAAAAAAACAAGAAAUAGAAUUAAAUAAGUAAGGUCAAUAAGUAAAUCAUUCAAAAAAAAAGAAAAAGAAGAAGCUUAAAGUGAAAAAAGAUAAGGAAUUAACAGAAUAAAUAGAAACAAUUUAGUGA